UUGUAGAUACACUGGCUUAAAUAAGCAAAACAAAGAGUGAAAAUGUGCUAGUUUAUAAAAUGAAAAAUUAUAUCUUUGCUUAAUUUUAUCGUACAUCUAUCUUUACAUGUGUAAAAAUAUUAUAUAGAGUUAUAGAGUUACUGGAAGCUUCAAAAAAUAUAUAUGUGUUCGUUCAACUCUGCUGUACAUGAUCGGGUUUUACAUAUUUCUCACAGAAUGCGAACUCGAAAUUUGCGUGAAUACUUACAUUUCAAUCAUUUAGUAUAAAAAUACUGAAAAAAGCAAACAAUCAUCAUUGAUGUCGUCGAAUUCUCCAACGCUAGAACCUCCCAAUGAAGUAUUCUUCAGGAAUGCCAAUGGGGAACGGCUGAUACUGCAAGACAGCGCAAGUGUGAAUCUGUCGAGCACCAACAGUAUAAAUUUCUCAUUGCGAAAAAUAGACGAAAAAUAUUUCAAUGUCAAUUUCUGCUUAGUUUUAUUCUGUGCAACUCUCAGUGUAUGGUUUAUACUGCCAGGAACUUUAAUUCCUCUCGUUGUAGUGUGCGUUUUGACAUUGGGACACAAAUCAUUUAUCACCUCUGGAAAGCAAGAUACAUUGUUGAUUGUAGAAUCAAUAGGUGUACAUAUUAGAAGUAAACAUACCGUGUACAUAUUGAACAGACAUUAUGUUCAUUUUACAUCUACAAGUUUCUUCUCAUGGAACAUGAUAGAAGAUGUAUUUAUUAAUGAAGUUAUAAAAGGACAAAGAGUACUUUAUUAUCUGACAUUUAUCGUAAAAGAAUCAACUGAUAGACAAGAUUCAAGAAGAUUAGUUCCAGUGUUUCAAGAUUUAUUACCUGAGAGAAAAUGCCUGGAAUACAUUUACAGACGUUUAGCAAAUUUGAUUGGCUCAACCCAGAGAAGGAGAGCCUUUUAACCAUUCCUGGUUCUUACUGGUUAUGCCAUAAAAAGAACAUAUACAAAUUUAUCUUUAAAUAUCAUCGUACAGUCAAAAAUCCUAUGCAAUUUUCAUAUGGACGAGAAUUAUUAAAAAUCGUUAGAAGAAUUAUAAAAUGUCACCCGAAUCGGGGUCAACAGUUUGACACAUCGCAUCUUCUUGUCACUUAUAAUUGUACAUCUUGGACCCGUCGAGAUAAAAUGUUUGCAAUACUAAAGUUCCAGCAACGAAGUAAUGCUGCAACAUUUUCACAUGCAUUUGUGUUAACUAUAAGCUUAAAAUAUCCUACUGUUAAAGAAGCUGAUGCAGAUACUACGUUUAAAAAUUUAAAUGUUUCCUUGGAUACCAAAGAGAAAAUUACUGAAAAUGCUGGCGAAAGUCUAAAUGCAACUACAGCUGAAGUACAUUUUGUUGAUGCAGAAUUUCAAGAUAAUAUAAACGAAAAUAAGUCUAAGAAUUGUAAUAUUAAAACAUGUGAAGAAAAUAUAGAUCAACAUGCUAUUGAUCGUGAUGUAAAAAAACAAUCUUUAAAGAGCACAAAGAAAAUGGAUAAAAUUUCAAUUGAAAAGUUAGAUGAUGGAAAUGAAGAAACAAAAUCGAUAGCAGUACAAAAAUCAAAUCAGGAAAUGCAAAAUAAUAGGAGAUACAAAAUAUUUUCUUCACUGGAAUCGGGAAUAAUCAAAGAUGAUGUUUCUAAAUGGACAUUAUCAAAUGGAUUUGGUUUUUAUGAAGAUUCAAUGGAAACAAAUAUUUGUCCUUUAAAUGAUAAAAAUGUUUUAGAUGAUGGCAGAAAGAUGAUCAACGAGACUAUUGCAGACUCUGAUAAUAUAUCAGAUCAAUAUUUUAUCGAGAAAGAAAUACAAUGUAACAAGAGAUCAAAUUCUUCAUUCUCAACCAUCAGUCAGCCCCUGCAAAAAGAUUUCCGAGCAGAGAUGAAGAAUAUAAACGAACACUCCACUCUGGAAGUGAUUAAAAGAAAUAACAACGAGUCUAUACACACAAAAUUAAAAGAACAUAAUAAUGAAAUGACAAAAACAGAUUUAAAAUUUGAAGAUAACAAGCAACAUACUACAAUAAUUAUUGACAAUAAUUUAUCGACAAACAAUACGUAUAAAUCUUACAAAUCUCGUAAACAAAAAGGCAGGGAAUUUGAGAGGAAGACCAUAUCCGACGACAAGGUUUUGCGUUCGUCUAACAUCACCGAUUUAGUAAUGGAGGGCUUGAUGUUCACUAUACGUCAAGAUCAGGAUAGUGUAGCUGUUAUCGAACAAAAAACCAAAUUGGAAAUGGACGAAGUAUUGGAGAAUUCUGAGAAGGUCGAGACAAAAGCUGGAGAAAAGUGUUUGUUAAAUUCGAGUCUCCUGAAACUCGAGAACUUGGUAACAAUGAUCGAUUCACCUCAUAAUGAACAGCAACAUAAGACUUGCCAUGCAAUUUCUAAUAGCACGUGCUUAUCUCCGUUUAGUAGUUUUUCUAGCAGUACUAUAUAUAAUUUAGAUGUUAAUAGUAUAGACGAAAAAAUGGAUAAAUUAAAUAUUCCUACAAAUUAUGACAAGCAUAUCGUUAAAGAUUAUUUAAAUCCAUGUGAGUCUCGAUGGCAGAAUAAAUAUAUUUCUUCUAGUAUUAAGAAUAAUGAUGAUUGCUCUUCACGAGGAAUGAUAACAGAAGGAAAUAAGCAGUUAAUGAAACAGCAAGAUGAUAAUGAGAACAACAGAGAGGAUAGAAAUAACAUUGAAACGGAAGAAGAGAAGAGGAAAGAUUUCAUUCCUCAAGCUCUUCAACCUACAUUAGUUUCAUCUGAGAAAAAAAACGGAGGACUGCAAAAUGGAGAUUUAUUGACAGGCAAUACAGAUGCUGAAGAGGCAAACAAGUAUGAAAUAUCUGCGAAAAGAUUCUACAAUUCUCCUUUAUCAAGUUACUCAAGUCCAAGAAGGAUGUUUGCAAAGAAGGAAAAUUCCAUUUCUGAGGAAUCUGCUUCAAUUAUGUUGGCUCAACAAGAGGCAAAUGGUCCAAGAAUAAUUUCAGACAAGGCUAUUACCUUCGAACAAAUGUCACCGACUCUGCAAAAGGUUUUACGACACACGCGCAGACUUUCUUCGAAUAGUAAGACGUUUCAAUGUGAACAAGAAACGCAACAUGUGACAUCGACAGAGAAUGCAUUUUCCGAAACAGCCAUCUCAUUCAAGGAUAACGAUACGAGUUUGAAUACCUCGUCUGUUGAACUUGGAGCUGAUUCUGAAGAAAUAAAAGGUCCCAAGAGUGAAUCUUGCUUAACAAUCAAUAAGGAUGCUCCAGAGACUAUUGAAGAUACUAAGAUAUAUGAUAAUGAAGAUACACGUGUGAGUACGAGGGAAAAAACCAACGAAAGUAAUCGCGCUUCACGAAGAAAUUCGUCGUCGAAGAACGGCUCGCCAAGAAAAUUGCAAGACAUUACAGAGGACUUUUAUUAUGACUUAUUACAUGUACGCAACAAGGACAAUGCUAUUCGGCAAAGGUGUCUCCGACGAAGGCAGAGAUCUUUGAAUAAUUCCGACAAUAUUAAAAAUGGCAAAGUGCGCAUAGAAAUGUUAAAAUUUAUUCAAGAUAUUACGGAAGGUGCUAGAGUAGUGGUGAGACGGCUUAAUAUAGACAAUAAAUCCAAUUUGUCAGAAAGAGGAUCCACGUAGAGGUAAUUAAUUAUAUUGAUAAACGUGCAUACUUUAUUGUGUGUGUAUCCACAAAAUACUGAAUAAUGCAUAUACUCGGAAUUAUAAUGGAUUGUAAAUAAUAAGGUGAUUGUAACUUUUAAUUUCCAACUUUUUAUUUUUAUUCUCUUAGUCUCAAUUCAGC